UUUACAUUCAACAUGGCGUCAACACGAAACAGAAAACCAGCCAAGAGUAAAAACACUAGCCCCGCUACAACUCCAGCAAAGAAAAAACGCCCAGCUACGCCGUCAUCAGGUGUGACAAAUCCUGCUGAUAUGACAGAGGAGGUGAUUGUAUCAGGUGAGACUGCUGAAGAUAAUCCAUCUACAUAUUCAGGGGAAACAACUGACAAAAUUCCUGUUUUCAAGGAUCCAAAUUUUGUGCAUUCCAGUAAGGGAGCAGUAUCUAGUAAGAGAACGAGAGUUUGGAAAAAUUUGAAACAAAUUGUUGCUGCAGAAAAGUUGUUACCAUGGAAACCAGAUGAUGUUACAUAUGGAUCUAUUGAAGCACCUCCAUCUUUUAAACCAGCAAAGAAAUACUCUGACAUAUCUGGCCUUCCCGCAUUUUAUCGAGACCCUGAAACCAAACUUAGGUACAGCACAGCAGAAGAGUACUCUCGAUUGAAGCUUAUGCCAAGUGAUUUGGUAACUGGAUGUUUAGCAUUACGAAAAGCCAAUGCCCCUGUGCCAUGAUAUGAUGCAUUCAUUUGCAAGAAGAACUUAACAUUAUGCAUAUCCUACUACAUGGUAAAAAGGCCAGAGCCCGCUCCAAGGAAAGCUGAAUAAGAAAGUUAAGCCUUGUGAGGUAGAUAAAACAUGUCAUUGUAUGCGGAGUUAUAUGAUGUAUACAAGUCAGUGGGUGUGUUUGUUGAAUAUUCACUGAAUCAAAGUUCAGUUGAUUUACUGAGGUAUUGAUUACUCUUGAGUUUACGUCAUGAAAUGUGUAGAUAAUUUGCAUCAUAUGUCAUCUGAUGUAGUGGUACAGAUCUCUCAUGUGAUUUAGUGGCACAUAUUGUGCCACAAAUCUCAUUAUGUGAUGUACUGAAACGAAUCUCUUAUUGUGUGAUGAUGAAAUGGCACAAAUCUCAUUGUGUGAUGAUGAAGUGGCACCAAUCUCUCAUGGUCUGAUGAUGAAGUGGCACAAAUCUCUCAUUGUGUAAUGAUGAAGUGGCACAAUUCUCUCACUGUGUGAUGAUGAAGUGGCACAAAUCUAUCAUUGUGUGAUGAUGAAGUGGCACAAAUCUCUAAUUGUGUGAUGAUGAAGUGGCACAAAUCUAUCAUUGUGCGAUGAUGAAGUGGCACAAAUCUCUCAUUGUGUGAUGAUGAAGUGGCACAAAUCUCUCAUUGUGUGAUGAUGAAAUGGCACAAAUCUCUCAUUGUGUGAUGAUGAAGUGGCACAAAUCUCAUUGUGUGAUGAUGAAGUGGCACAAAUCUCAUUGUGUGAUGAUGAAGUGGCGCAAAUCUCAUUGUGUGAUGAUGAAGUGGCACAAAUCUCUCAUGGUGUGAUGAUGAAAUGGCACAAAUCUCAUUGUGUGAUGAUGAAGUGGUGCAAAUCUCAUUGUGUGAUGAUGAAAUGGCACAAAUCUCUCAUUGUGUGAUGAAGUGGCGCAAAUCUCAUUGUGUGAUGAUGAAGUGGCACAAAUCUCUCAUUGUGCGAUGAAAAAGUGGUGCAAAUCUCUCAUUGUGCGACGAUGAAGUGGUGCAAAUCUCUCAUUGUGCGAUGAUGAAGUGGUGCAAAUCUCUCAUUGUGCGAUGAUGAAGUGGCACAAAUCUCUCAUUGUGUGAUGAUGAAGUGGCACAAAUCUCUCAUUGUGUGAUGAUGAAGUUGCACAAAUCUCUAAUUGUGUGAUGAUGAAGUGGCACAAAUCUCUCAUUGUGUGAUGAUGAAGGUGCACAAAUCUCUCAUUGUGCGAUGAUGAAGUGGCACAAAUCUCUCAUUGUGUGAUGAUGAAGUGGCACGAAUCUCUCAUUGUGUGAUGAUGAAGUGGCACAAAUCUCUCAUUGUGUGAUGAUGUAGUGGCACAAAUCUCUCAUUGUGUGAUGAUGAAGUGGCACAAAUCUCACUGUGUGAUGAUGAAGUGGCACAAAUCUCUCAUUGUGUGAUGAUGAAGUGGCACAAAUCUCUCAUUGUGUGAUGAUGAAGUGGCACAAAUCUCUCAUUGUGUGAUGAUGAAAUGGCACAAAUCUCUCAUUGUGUGAUGAUGUACUGGCACAAAUCUCUCAUUGUGCGAUGAUGUACUGGCACAAAUCUUUCAUUGUGUGAUGAUGAAGUGGCACAAAUCUAUCAUUGUGUGAUGAAAUGGCACAAAUCUCUCAUGGUGUGAUGAAGUGGCACAAACCUCUCAUUGUGUGAUGAUGUACUGGCACAAAUCUCUCAUUGUGUGAUGAUUAAGUGGCACAAAUCUCUCAUUGUGUGAUAAUGUAGUGGCACAAAUCUCUCAUUGUGUGAUGAUUAAGUGGCACAAAUCUCUCAUGGUGUGAUGAAGUGGCACAAACCUCUCAUUGUGUGAUGAUGUACUGGCACAAAUCUCUCAUUGUGUGAUGAUUAAGUGGCACAAAUCUCUCAUUGUGUGAUAAUGUAGUGGCACAAAUCUCUCAUUGUGUGAUGAUUAAGUGGCACAAAUCUCUCAUUGUGUGAUGAUUAAGUGGCACAAAUCUCUCAUUGUGUGAUGAUGUAGUGGCACAAAUCUCUCAUUGUGUGAUGUAGUGCCACAAAACACUCAUUAUGUGGCAUUGUUUAACAAAUCUCUCAUUAUGUAAUCAGUGAAUAUCUGUUAUACAGUGUAAUAAUUCCAUCAGAGUUUUUGUAAACAUGUUACAUGUAUAUCAGUCAACUAUGUGACGUCUCAAGCUCAAUAAAAUACACAAUGAUGUGACAAAUAAAAACAUU